AUGACCAGACCCGAUGGACCUGGCAGGGUCGGCAACGUAGAUGGAACUGAUGAGCCCACACCCAUUGACGGCGAUGACGGCUGCGAGAACAUCGAUGAUCUAACCGACCUAGAGGCAGAGAAGGAGCGCGAUGAAGAGCAAAAGAGGAAAGCGGAGGAGGAGGAUAAGAAGAAGGAGGAGGAUAAGAAGGGGGAGGAGAAGAAGAAGGAAGGGGAGAAGAAGGAAGAGGAGAAGAAGGAAGAGGAGGAGGAUGAGGGAGGAUGGAGACUGGAUCAAAAUCUUCACCAUUUCGAUUCCCGCGAUCACUCGCGGACUUCCGUUACUGGGUUCGCUAUCUGUGGGACAGCGAUUCGUUCCUCUUCGGCCAAACCAAAGAAGUUCUUCUAUUCUUUCCAUGGCGGCAAGAAAGUUGCCGCGUCAGCAAGAAUAGCGGCCAAGUUCAAGAAGUGGGUAGAGAAUGUAGAGAGCAAUGAGACGCUGAUUGUGGGCGGGGAGGACAUGAAGAUGUUUGUGCGUCAGGGUUUUGGGUUGGAGGACUUACUCGAAUGGGAAGGGUUGGACGGUUAUCGUGUUAAGCUUUAUGAUGACGAGGACGAUGAUAAUGAUGACGAUGAGCCCGAGAGAGGAUAUAAGGCGACGGCGCGGAAGGAGGCUGGAGAGGUGGCAGCAAGGCAAGGACCAGGAGGCGACAGUUCUCGUGUGGUGUGUCCCGCGGAAAUUUAG